AUGAGCUGCAAAUUUUUCGCUUCGGUCGGCCUGAUGGCUCUGGUCGACACAGCGGCCGGCAACUACGUGGAGUACACGACCUAUGAGAACGGCGGCUGCGUAACUGCUCUCUCCGUCAGCGUCUACACCGGAGUGCCAACGGUCAACGGCGUGCAAACCGCAGACAUGUGCCUCGAGUACGAGGGGACCGCAGAAAGCACCAGCGUGGCGUCCAGCCUGACGGACCAACAGGGUCUCCUCUCGCUCAUGCACGUGUGCAACACGACCGACCCGGGACAGCUGACGAGCACCUGGUACUCCACGGACGACUGCGACGAGACGGCCGUGGCCUACGAGUUCAGAGAGGAUGCGACCUGCGGCGUUUCCUGCACGGAUGUUGAGCCUGACUAUGGGACGGACGACUUCGAGGAGGCCACGAUAACUUUCUACGACACUUCCGACUGCAGCAAUGCCACGGACACCGAGGUCUACGCCAUGGCCGAUCUGUACGAGCUCUAUGAAGUGGCGGACGGGACGUCUUGCAGCGCGUCGGGGGACUUCGACCUAUACACGGUCAUCCAGUGCAGUGACGGCUCCCCUGCCGCGGUGUACUACGAGGACGCCACCUGUGCCGGGGACGCCGUGGGCAUGACCUACAACCCCGGGUGCGCUGCCGUCCCCAGCAACGGCACGUACCCGGGAGACUAUUUCAUGGCGGAGUGCACGGAGGAGACCGCCGCGGUUGAGGACGACGAUACGGAGGUUGAAGAAGACGGGGCCACCAACUCCGCGUUUUCUCGCUUCGGACUCGGGUCCACGCCCGCAUUCUUCGUGUCAUGUGGCGUUGCGGCUGCCAGCGUUGCUAUAACAACCAACGUCUUCUUUGCCCGUUUUUAAUCGUGGUGUGACCCUGGGUCCGUGAGUAGGGCGAGCAUGUUUUUUGCUUGCCGGUUGUUCAAGGCUAUUUUAUUCUGUUGUUUGUGGUGGUGCUGUGGUUGUUGUCGAGGUUUGAUGCUUGGCCACGCGGGUGACAAGCAGGUUUAGUUGGUUCCGCAAACAAAGUUGCUGGCAGUUUUCGUGAAAACGAGGGGGUGUGAAGAUUAUUAGGGUGACCCUCGCGGUCCGGUGCUCGCGCAAUGGCUGAGCCCCCGCGUGUAGAGUUUGUUGUGGGGUCAACAUUGCUGCCGUGCACUCAUUACAUAUCACAAGAAGGCUUGUUGGUGGCCAGGAGUGGCCUGACAACCCACCGUAAUUUGGUUGCCUUAUAUAGAAAUAGUAUUUGUUUUGGUGAUUGUGAGUAUGUUCAGAUCCCGCGUGCCUUGUGCCGGGCGGCUCCAGCGAGCUCUUGCGGUAUGUAGGUAAAGUGGUCCGAUUAUAUAUGGCACGGCGUGGCCGCCACAAUGUAGUGCUGCCGAUCGCCCUCUUGUGCCUGAAUCGGAUGUGGCCUUUGUUUGAUUCGAAUGUUAUUCGCGCGGAGAUUUGUCGUGUUCCGCCCCAUUGAUGCUUGGCGGCUAGGCUACACCUUUCCAAGGUACAAAGACAAGUGUAUUCUAUUGUAUUUGAAGCAUUGAUCGCAGUCACACAGGAAGAAGUCUCCACCGUUUGCUGUUGAUGCUUGUCUUCUUGAAUUGCUGCUACGUUCUGCGUCGUUUGACUGAAAUAUCGUCGGGGCAAAACAGACAGCUUGGUGCGACCCGGGCCUGAGUGACUCGCUGGUUGUCGUGCUCGUUGUCGAGGUGGUUGAUGGAACUGACGAUAGUCUUGUGAGUUCAAGCUGCUGUGGUGGAAAGCCGACAUCAGCAUCACUGUGUCGAGCUGAUGAUGCAUCUACCCGUAGGCGGGAAAGGUGUGCCGGCUAGAGAUUGAUGUUGCGAGCACAGAUGUGAGCUCGAAGUAGCAGCGGAUGGUAUGAGGUUCAAACAACUCCGCGAAGAAGAGAGGGCCUCCCGGGAAGACACUAUACGGAGUGGGAGAAGCUAAAAGAACUGCGAAUAAGUUCGAU